AUGGAUUCGCCAUUGGCUGGAGGGGCUUUAAUGGCAAAAACGGCUACCGAAGCAUUUGAACUAUUGGAGACCAUGGCGUCCAACAGUUACCAAUGGCUAAGUGAGAGAAUGAAUCUGAAGCCAGCUGAGGUCUUGGAAGUUAAUGUUAUGGGACCUCAUGCAAGUUCAGAGUGCACUACAGGGAACCCAUUCGUGUUUGCUGAGUAA